UCUUCUUCCCUCACCCAUCAAGUUCCAAUUCCCAACACUGUCACAAAAAAAAAAAAAAAAUCUUUCAAACAAUGAAUCUCAACGUCGUCGUUUUACUCUUUCUCCUUCUAAUCUCAUCCGCCACGUGUUGUCCGCCGUCAGACCGCCGUGCACUUCUAGCUUUCCGAUCAGCUCUUCACGAGCCUUACCUCGGUAUUUUCAACUCAUGGACCGGCCAGGACUGUUGCCACAACUGGUACGGCAUUAGCUGUGACUCGCUCACUCACCGAGUCGCCGACAUAAACCUCCGCGGCGAGUCAGAAGAUCCAAUCUUCGAACGAGCUCAUCGAACCGGUUACAUGACCGGCCACAUCUCCGCCUCGAUAUGUGACCUCACUCGUCUCUCCGCCAUUACAAUCGCCGAUUGGAAAGGCAUCUCCGGCGAAAUCCCUAAAUGCAUCACUCGUCUCCCUUUUCUCCGUACACUCGACUUAAUCGGAAACCAAAUCUCCGGUGGGAUUCCAUACGACAUCGGAAGAUUAAACCGGUUAGCUGUUUUAAACGUAGCCGAUAACCGAAUCUCCGGUUCAAUUCCAAAAUCGUUAACCAAUCUCUCUAGCUUAAUGCAUUUAGAUCUCCGUAACAACUUAAUCUCCGGCGUAAUCCCUUCCGACGUCGGAAGAUUAAAAAUGCUCAGCCGUGCGUUAUUGUCCGGUAACCGAAUAACCGGUCGGAUCCCUGAAUCCUUAUCCAAUAUAUACCGGUUAGCUGACGUGGAUCUCUCCGGUAACCAACUCUACGGUACAAUCCCACCGUCUCUAGGACGUAUGUCGGUUCUAGCAACACUAAACCUCGACGGAAACAAAAUCUCCGGAGAGAUACCUCAAACUCUGAUGACGUCGUCGGUGAUGAAUCUGAAUUUGAGCCGGAAUUUACUACAAGGGAAGAUACCGGAAGGGUUUGGACCAAGGUCUUACUUCACUGUUCUUGAUUUGUCGUAUAAUAAUCUGAAAGGACCAAUCCCAAGAUCGAUCUCUGGUGCGUCGUUUAUUGGUCAUUUGGAUCUUAGCCAUAACCAUCUCUGUGGGAGGAUUCCGGUGGGUUCGCCGUUCGAUCAUCUUGAAGCGGCGUCGUUUAUGUUUAACGACUGUCUUUGUGGUAAACCCUUGAGGGCUUGUUUGAAAAAUUGAUUUUUAUAUGUAAUUUGAGUUUUUUAUGAUUAGACAUUAUUAUAUUUAUGGUUAUGCAUUUAAAAAAACAUAUGCUACGUUUAGUUGAAUUAUGUGAUGACCAACAUUAUAUAAACUCCAGUUUCAUUCAUCA